ACUGAGAAACUGGCUCCGAACACAACCGAACCCGCCGCCCGGAGACGCCGGGUCACGUGGCCGACGGCCCCAUGACGUUCAGGCUGCGGGGCGUCACCGUGACGUUAGGGCGAUCGGUCGAGUGGCCGCACUACCUUCGUCACCUGUGCAGCCGAGGAACUGUCAUGGACCUGGGACCGAUGCGCAAGAGUUACCGCGGGGACCAAGAGGCAUUUGAGGAGUCUCAGUUGACCUCUCUGGACCCCAUGAAGCAGUUUGCCAAAUGGUUCGAAGAGGCUGUUCAGUGUCCUGACAUAGGGGAAGCCAAUGCCAUGUGUCUGGCUACCUGUACCAGAGACGGGAAGCCCUCUGCCCGCAUGGUGCUGCUGAAGGGCUUUGGCAAGGAUGGCUUCCGCUUCUUCACUAACUUCGAGAGCCGAAAGGGAAAAGAACUGGACUCUAAUCCCUUUGCUUCCCUAGUCUUCUACUGGGAGCCCCUAAACCGGCAGGUGCGUGUGGAGGGCCCUGUGAAAAAGCUGCCAGAGGAGGAGGCCGCAAGUUACUUCCACUCCCGCCCCAAGAGCAGCCGGAUCGGGGCUGUGGUCAGUCACCAGAGCUCUGUGAUCCCUGAUCGAGAGUACCUGAGAAAGAAGAAAGAGGAGCUGGAGAAGCUCUACCAGGAACAAGAGGUGCCAAAGCCAAAAUACUGGGGCCUGCAGAGCUCACCCUUCGAGCACUCUGUACUCUUUUGGCUCCUGAUGAGCUGUCUGAUGGAGUGUCAUGGUGGCAUAGAGAAUCGCAAAAGGAAAACAAUCCCACAGUUAUUUUCUUGGUUUUGACAAUAAUUUACUGGAAUAAUUCUCUUCUAGAGCAGGGGUGUCCAAACUUUCGGCGUCUCUGGGCACACUGGAAGAAGACGAUGUAUGUCUUGGGCCACACAUUAAAUACAUUGCAACCCGUAAUCACAACAAAAUCUCAUCAUGUUUUAAGUAAAUUUACGAUUUUGUGAUGGGCCACGCUCACAGCCAUCCUGGGCGGCCCGCGGCCCGCGGGCCACAGGUUGGACACCCCCUGCUAGAGGUAGCCGCUGAUGUGAUUCCCUUCUCUGGUGACCGGGUGGGUCCCCAGCAGCCCUGUCUUUUCACUGUGACUGAGCCAUAUUGGCCAAAGCUGAUUGGUCGCUGCAUAAGCACCUGAGCCAAUCUAGCCCAUCAAUUUUUCUUGUCAACUACUUGAUAUUUGAAAUGGAGUGACCCAGAGCAUGAUGCGUCAUUGUCGCCAGGUCAUUAAUGGCAGCCAAGAAGCAACAGGCCCUGGCUGCUGCUCCUGCAGCCCCCCGAGCGGUCCUGGGUGCCUCUUUCCCAUGUCUGGGUCGUGCCGUUCCUCCUCCUGCCUCAAACAUCCACUGUCUCUAAAAAAAAAAACAAACCCUUUUUUUACAUAAACUAACUGAAUCCACUUCUGUUGAUUGCAAACAAAAGAACCUUAACUCUUUUAUUAAUAGAUACUCAAUAUUUUUAGAGCACUCACCCUACUGAUAGCUGCCUUCCAUUGUCUGAAGCACAGAAAUGUGGAAAAAGAUUGAUUCUGUUCUCUGUAGCUCCAGAGGACCCAUAGGGGAAUAUUACACAGAAACAGAUUUCAUCUCAAUAUCGGGAGAGAUUUCAAGAGGGAGUGGGGAGUGAGCGUUAGGUAGUGAGGAUUCUGUUCCUGGAAGUAUUCAAUCCCAGUCAGGAGUUUUAUAGAAAGGAUUCAUGUGCUGGUACCUACGGGCCAGGAAGAUUUUAAUCAAGCUUUACUUUCCAUGUUUGUUUAUAAACAGCAUUAUUUAUUUUAAUUUCCACGUAUAAAAUUAAAUUAUUACGGAGAUUAUGCCUUUCUGACUAUUCAUACAUCCCUACCCCUGCUCCUCCCAUCACUGGGUUUCAUCCACACUGGAAUUACCCCAGAGGAGCUUUAAAACUCCUGAUGAUCCUAGAUCCUCCCCUUAGCGAUGGUUUCACCAGUCUGAGGGCAGCCUGGUCUUUGGGAAAGGUAAAGGCUCCCCAGGGAACUCUGCAGCCAAGGCUUUAACCCCCUGGUCUAGAUCCUUGUGUGGUAGGCAGGACGCAGGCAGCAUUGGCAUCGCUCAGGAGCCCGCCCCAGACCCGCUGAAUGCCGUCCCGCAUUUAACAGGACCCCCGAAGGUGACGUGCACUGGCCUCAACCUCUAAACCUACUGCCUAUCACCCCCACAAGUGGAUUUUCCAGGAACCCUCGGCUGAGGCCUGUGCUGAACUGUAUUUGUUUUCCUUGAGCACAAGUCUGGUGACCAGGGACAGCCUGGAUGAGGGGCUGACAGGCUGUGGAGAAAAGCCAGGCUGGGUAAAUGUUUGCUGUGACUAAGCCAGGAUAAGAGAACCGACUACUAUUUGUGCACAUUGGCAUUGAACUUACCCCUCUAUGACCUGCCCCCACUCCACUGUAUGGGCAUGUACCCCAGCAUCUCUGUUGUUGACCAGCUCCCCCAAGGGCCGCCCUCUUAGUGUCGAUUCCCCCACCAAGCCUGAGUGCAGGAAGGCGCAGCGCUGGCCUUUCCGAAACCAACAGGAGAGGGUGCUAGGGUGUCCUCGCCUACCUUAUCCUGUGUAUGUGACUGGGAGAUGUGUAUACCCCCAGCUUUGUGCCUGGUCUCAGCAGUUCCUUCCCUAUUCUCUGUCCAACAAUCACUUUGCCAAAUCUGUAAUAAAAACUCAUAAGACA